AUGCGGACGUUGGAUGCGUGCGAGGCGGGCAUGCAGGCGACUGGUGGUGUCGAGCUGUGUUUUGCCGAUGCUGCGCAUUGCGCAACGGCAUGGUCCCGCCACAACGUUGUUGCGUUCGCCGAGGCCGGCGCCCGCGGCACCUGUGUUGUGCUGGCCGAGCUUGGCCAGCACGGGAUCUCCGAGAUUGUGACGCGCUUGCCUGCGCCAUCGCGCAGCCCCCCAUUUGACGGGGCGUCGAGUGCGCCGGAAACGCUAGGCGCGCCGACGCACAUUAGUUUUAGCCCGUGUGGGUAUACUCUUCUUGCCUACUUUCCCGCGCUCCAUCCGGCGCCGCACCAGCCCAACAGCCUUUUGCUCCCGUGCAGCACCGCGCUGCAAACUCCGAUUAUGGACCAGCUGCAUCGCAGUAUCCCGGAAUUGCCAUCGACGUCUACUGCUGACGGCACUGUCCCUUUCCUACCGUGGAAUCAAGGCGUUUUAUGCGUUUGGACGCGCGCGCCGCAGCUGCCCAAAACCCAAUGGGACCUUCGACAAACGCUUUCCGUAAGCAUGAAUCCCUUAUUCGCGCCAAAUUUGCUUGGCGACAUUGCAAGCGUGACGUGGCUCGGUGGGCCGCGCCAAUGGAAUUGCCAGCCAGACGGCCAAGGGUUUGCUCGCGCGCCGGCGCAGGGCCCUACCACCUUUCAAGCGCACCCGAACUUGCCGCUGCACGAGGCGCAGGACGAACAAGUGUGCGUACUUGUCACCAACAUGGGCCAGCUCUGCUUUUUGCACCGUCUGCCGCAAGCUACAUUGGAUGCGCGCCGCACGGAUAUAUUCCGCGUGCACUACGCUUGGCUUGCCCAGCCAAGUGUGCAACCGCCGCCAGCGACGAUGGAGUCGGAUAGUCUUGCUGGGACGACGCCGAUGCCGUUUCUUGGAUGUCGGUAUGUUGGGCAUGUACAAACGUGCCCCAUUGCUGAAGAGCCCGUUGUGCUUGUUGCCUACUUGGAAAGUGCAACAAGAGAAAUGGAAAUUGCGGCGUCUGCAGGCCAGGUCAUGCUCACCGAGAUCCAGUUCACUCUCAAUGGCGCCAUGUCGUUCUACACGGUGAAUCCCAUUGAGCCGCUGCCGUUGGACCCAACACCGAUACUGCGCCUGGACGAUCCACUCCCACCGGAGCUGAUCGUGCACGGAAAGGCACUUGCAUCGAUGGCAUGGCUGCCGGGCACGGACGUCGACGACUCUGUCCAGCUGCUGUUUUCGCUUGUUGUGUACCAAGCGCCGUCGGAGCCAGCAGGAACACAGCUGGUUUCAUGGGCGGUACGCCGCCAUGGAAUGGACCUCGGCGAGGCACUUGCGCCGCUCUUUUCCCAGCCGCGGCCAGAGGCCACGCUGGACGAAGCCAAGUGGCACACGAUCCCAUGCGCGACUGCCUGGGUAGAGCACCACGUAUGUACUUCGUUCUACGUGCCCAGCACGCCGAUUCCCUUUGCACAUACCCUGUUGGCGACAGCGUCUUCAACCACUGCAAACGGCGAGAUCUGGGCCACGAUCCACCUAGAUACCCUUACCUUUACGCCGGGAGUGCGCUUGGCUCUGGAGCUCCGCGCGCGGUCUUCGCUUGCCAUUUCGCCAUGCGGUGUGCUUGCCUGUACGCUACUGCUUCCCAGCGCCGCACUCGCUAUUCUGCCACUUCCCAUGGCACUUGGCGAACACAGCGUCCUUGAUUGGGCGGGACGACUUGUAGGGCUCUCUUUGCUUCGCCAAGUAUCCUGCACGGAUGUGGCACACUGGGCAAAGUCUUUAAACACGCCUCUUACCACGCAGAUGCCGCUUGUCCUCCAACAAACGGCUGCGUCGCUCGUCUUUGGCGCGCCGACAGGAAAGCGACCCACGAUGCACCAACUCCUUGUCCUUGGCGUUGUCGUCUUAUCGCUUGAGCACGGCGCACAGCGUGCCGAAACUUUUUUGCAAACGCGCAUGCACCUCUUUGUCGAGGUAGGGCACAUGUACAGGCUGCUCUCCUGUGCGCGGAGCGAUAAAAGCGACUUGCGAUUUUCAGCACAGCUUGCCAGGGGCACGACGCAGUUUUUCCCACACGCGCUGUGGCCUCUUCAUCGUGUAUUGUGCCGCUUGUUGGUAUGGAUGGAGCACGCUGUGCGCGAAGCAACGAGUGGAGGAGCAGCGUCUAACGCACGACCCAGCGUGUUUUUUGAGCUGCUUGCAUAUCCCGAAGCCUCGGUGCUCUUCCAAGACGUGCUUGCGGGCCUCUCGUUGUACGUCGAGUGGGUGCGCACCCUGUCUUUGGACGCAUGGAUUGCGCCUGCACAGCCAGGCAAGCACCCUCGCACUUGGUAUACCGACAAAGCCUCGUCGCUAGCACUGGCGCAAAAAACCGUGCUCGAUACGGCAGCGCAUGCGCCCGUGGAUUUGCGCGCUGCCGCACAAGUGCUUGCAGGUCGCGCAUCCCGCGCCGCAUGGUCCGACCUUUUUGCAAUGCCGGCUUCUCAAGAGGUGGCCGAGACCGCGCGUGCGAUUGCAAACGCUUUUGUCCUCCCGAGCCAUGGCGUUGUGCAUAGCGAAGUGGACCUAUGGUCGUGUGCGCCGGAUCUUUUAUGGCCCGCGUCGCUGGUAGACCACAGUAUUUAUAGCACCUAA